UAAGGAGUAACUUCUCCAGAAAAAGUUGCGUUUGAGUGUUUAACAAUUGUUUUUAUUGUUUGUGCUUCGCUAUAUUCCCUCGUUUAGACCUCAGAUGCGUAACCUGAAGACUUUGUGUCAUUUUCUAAAGUUAUUUCGUCAAUAAACAAACUAAACUUCCAGCUCAAAUCUGGAGGAAUGUGGAGCCAGUGGAGCGCAGAUUGUAUGGAUGCAGAUGAGCCACGAUGCUAGCGGCUAACUGGCUACUGAGGACACAGUGAGUGUCGACAUUAUUUGAAGAACAGCAACGGGAACUUGAUGUGCUGAUCUCUAUGGAGGGCAACGGAGAGAUCAGUGAUAGCGACAGCGGGAUCAUCCUUCAUUCAGGCUCUGACAGCCCAACAUCACACACGAAGGAUGUGAACACACACACGCGAGCCAUGAAGCUCAAGCACCAGGCGCUCCAGGACCGGCUAGAGAUCUGCAUACUGGAGCUGAAGAAACUCUGCAUCCGAGAAGCUGAGUUGACAGGCCAGCUGCCAAAAGUUUAUCCUCUAAUGCCUGGAGAGAAGCCACCACAGAUUCGAAGACGCAUCGGAGCUGCUUUUAAACUGGAUGAACAAAGCAUCCCUCAAGGAGCAGAGGAAUCCGAGCUGAAUUUAGUAGAUGCUGAGUUAGCACUGCAGAUGAAAAUAUACGAGGCAGCACGUAAGCUCUGCGAAGAGGACCACCUGAGCAAGGCUGUUAGAAGAAGCCGUGUGCAGCAGUGCAAACGAGAAGAGAAGAAAGUCAAACAGCUACAAGAGACAGCCUUUCACCUGCGACUGGAGCACGGUCGAUCAUCACCACUUCCUGCUUUUAAUAUUGCACAACAAGAUCUGGGUACAUCUGAUGACAGCUCUCUGUCUGACUCAGUAGUUCAAGAUGAAGAAGUGACAAGCCAGUCGUCACAGCCAUCCUCUGGACUCCCUUAUCCAGUAGAGACAGAUCCUCCACAGCCACUCCUCAUGUCAUCUCUGUCCAGCGUAGAUAGCUCCUACCUGUCUCCAAGUGUGGCUCCACAGCCGUCGCCACUGACACCGUGCCAGUCUCCCCAUCCGAGCCUCAACUCUACGCUGAGUUUAAACUCAAGCCCUGCAUAUGAUGCUCCUCCCAUCCAGCAUUCCCCGUGGACAGAAACGAGUCUUGACCAACCAUACCAGAAGAGCAGGAAGUCACGUUCUUCCAGCAAGACCAGUCCAUCCAAGACUGAACUGUUGCCACCGUUGGAAACUUGCUUGGCAGAGUCUGCUCUUCCGCUGCAGCUUUCCCAUCUGAAACUGGGCCGCUCCCAAUCCAGCAGUGCACCCUCCACACCAGAGAUGCGUGUGCACAGACAGCUCUCCCUCAGGUUAUCCAACCCUGACUCUUCAUUUGGGCCAGAAAAGGAGCGCGGCCGCACUAGAGGUGUGAGGAGGCGACUGACAGAAUAUGCAAUAACUUUACCAGAGACUCCUCCUCCUGCAGUGAAUUAUGGAAACUGUGCUACCUCUGAGGACAGCAACUCUGAACACUCAUUUACAUCUUACGCCAGCUCCCUGUGUCAGGAAUUGCCUUGUGAUUCGCCCAAACAGUAUCAGCGUGCAUUUGCUCACUCUAGCCCAGUUGGCAGCUAUGGACCUCAAAUCUUCCCACGCACUGGCUUUUAUCACAAUCCUCGGAACCAAUCCAGCCCGAGUAUUCACGAAUCCUAUUACAACGAGGAAAUGGUUUACCCACCUGAUAUGGACAUGACAAGGAGCUAUUAUGCCCAGCAGGCUCCCUGUCCUUCCAACAGAUAUGACUAUUGGUAUAAAGAGGCUGCUGUGCCCCCACAGAGAGUGCAGAGGCCCUUACCUCCUGAUAUUAGACUUUCCCCCUCACCAGCACAAUGGGACCACCCACACUACCGCUCCAGUGGCCUCCCACGACAAGUGGUGAACGAACAGCUGAAGUCGUGGCACUGGCGCACUCAGAUUAAAACACCCAGGGCUCGUUCUCUUGACAGGCAAGGAGCAGUCAGACUGAAAAACAUGUCAGCUCGGGAGUCACCAUGCUACCAAAGUCAGAAGUACCACGAACAGGUUAUCCAAAGAAGGGCUCUCCAAAGAGCCGCUGGUGACACUCAGGGGCACUGGGUUGUGGAAGACGGCUCUCACUAUAUAAGCGAACUGUAAAGAAACGAAAUGUGGACUCCAAACUGAAAAUGUUGGCUCAGAGGCUGCCACCGGAUUAAGCAGUCAGAGAACUGAGUUGGAUUUCAGAUUUUUUGUAAUGAAAGUGUGUCAUGUUGUGGGAGGAUGGAAAAAAUGGAACAUCUUAGACUAAAAUGCAAUUUCAGAACAAAAACACCACAAACUACGGUCUCAGUAAUCAACGUCUGUCUGACAAUCACAAAAGCUAAAGAAUA